GGGUGGGUACGUACUGUUGUUAGUUCUAUUUUUCCGAAUAAUUACAAUCUCGUAAAAGUCCGAGUCCGGUUACACGAAGUCUUCUGCAGAGAAAAUAAGAGAAAGAGCGAUGACAAAUUUUGCGGAACCUUCGGGAGGCGAAACAUCCGAAAUCAAACCCGUAGAUUCAUUGAUCAAAUUUACUGUUUGUGGUACAAACUCUUCUGGAAUGAUCCUUUUUCGAAUCAUUUGAGAAUACUAGAGCAGGAAAUAAAAGGACAAAGGUCUUAAUCAGACAAAACCACGUUCCCUUCUUGCGGCGAGAAGAAACCGCAAAUCGUUCGCGCGAAGCUCAAAGUAUUUUUGACAGUUUGCACCGCGAACUCGAGACCAAAACAAACACCCAAAAGGAGGUUUUUGAGGAUAACGUUUUGUGCAAUAAAUUAAGUUAAACGAAUCAUCGUCCUCUCCAGUGGCCAACAUCCGAAUGAAACCCUUCGUCGUGAUACGGAAGCAUGAAAGCCAAGAUAAUGCGGCCCAGCAAAGUCUUAUCCGGGAGUUUAUCAUGUCCGGUGCCUGGGAAGCAUUCAUUUCCUGUCUUUUUCGAGAAAUCACGCUACAGCUGAUAGUGCUCGUUUGGGCGUUGAUGUUCAUCUUCUUCGGCAUUCCGCUGUACAUGUGUGCCAUGGCGAUACCGUGCGUCGCGCUGCUGAUCUGGUUUACCGUGUACGGAAGCUACUACAACAAAUCCACCGAGCUGGCCAUGCGACCAUCCAAACUGUGCUGGGUGGCGGAGCUUUAUGAGCCACUGCUGGCGAUGGCCGCAACUAAAGCGAUGACCAUCGAACGUUGCUACACGGAUCGGCCCGGUCCAGAAGUGCAGCCGGAGGAGUUGAGCAAGAUGCGAAAGCGCAUUAUCGGUACGAUCAGCUGUCGGAACCAUUUGGCGAUGGAUAAUGCCGGGUUCAUCACGCGCCUUGCCAUAAGUCCCAAGGUUGGACUGGUGCCGGUUACGGAGCAUCUGAUCUCGCGUGUGCUGCAACAUGCGUCCGAAAGUCAGCUGUACGCGGUGGAAACGGUUACGUCCGAGUGUGAUCAGGACGUUAGGGAGGUGUACCUGAAGAUUGGAUUCAAUAUCCGACAGGUGUACCAUAAGCAGAUCAUCGGCAACACGCUGAAGGUGAUGAAGUCACAGCUCGGCAUCGAUUUGCACGAAUGGAACCAAAACCGGGAAGAGAUUAACAUUGAGGUUCCCGUCGAAUGAAUCUGUUUCUCACAGCAUCGCUUCACGGAUGCCAAAAACAUUUCCACCCUUCCAGGGGCCUUUUUUAUCCCCAACCAUAAGUCGUUAUACUCCUUUUUUGGGACGCUAAUGAGCAUCGUAUCCAUCGCUUCUCCAUGACCAUGAAAGGUUACUCUUUUCGGUAAUGAUUUCCACUCGCAAUGUAACUGAUUAAGAACAAAUACAUUUCAAAUCACUAAAGAACUUUAA